GCUUUAUAACGAGGAGGUUCUGGACCUGUUUGACUCGACUCGAGACUCCAGACAGAAAUCUCACAUUAAGAUCCACGAGGACGCCAGCGGAGGGAUCUACACCGUGGGAGUGACGACCCGCAGCGUGACCUCCGAGGCCGAGAUGAUGCAGUGUCUGAAGCUCGGGGCUCUGUGUCGCACCACCGCCAGCACUCAGAUGAACGUGCAGAGCUCUCGCUCUCACGCCAUCUUCACCAUCCACCUGUGCCAAGUCCGCAUCUGUGCCUCCGACAAUCAUGAAGGUGAGACUGAUAACAGAGUCUCUAAUGGAAACUCAGAGCUGGACGAAUACGAGACGCUGACGGCUAAGUUUCACUUCGUGGAUCUGGCCGGCUCCGAGCGGCUGAAGAGAACCGGAGCGACGGGAGACCGAGCCAAGGAGGCGAUCUCCAUCAACUGUGGCCUGCUCGCUCUGGGGAAUGUAAUCAGCGCUCUGGGCGACCGAAGCAAGCGCUCCUCUCACGUGCCUUACAGAGACUCCAAGCUCACCCGCCUGCUGCAGGACUCGCUCGGAGGAAACAGGUCGGGGAAAUACUCAGUCACCUUUUUUAGAACGUACCAUCUUCAUUGUGGACCCGCAGAACUCCUGGUGGUUAGAUCUGUUGUCUAG